AUGAGUUUUAACGAUCGGUUCAACGAAGACGACGCCAUGGACCUAGUGGAAUCCACGAUGUUGAGCGAUGGGAGAACGAGAACGAAAAGCCGCAAAGUGUAUGCUGGUGACGAUGCAGUUGUAGCUUCUGCUCCCACUAUAAGAGAUACGCGUCAAAAUUCACAGCAUGAUCAAUUAGAUCACGGAGAAACCGAUGAUCUCGACUAUGGUGACGGUCCUGGUAGCGCUUUUAAUGAAGGCUUGACAGUGUUUCGUCUGAAUGACCAUGACAUCGAAAAACAUAAAAGGAGAUUGGAAGCUCUUGAUGAAAACUGGUCCGAGGUCUUUAAGGUGCUACCGAAAGACUAUGAACGGGAGAUCCUUUGCGUUUUCAUUACCGACGCCUCAACCCUGCUUUACCAUCACUUGUUUCCGUCAUCUCCCGCCUCGCCGAGGACAGCAUUUCAUCUCCCAUUGCUUGAUUUCUAUUACGCGCUUUUGGCUGAAGGUCAUUUAGCAGCACAAGCCUUUGGAAAUGCUUGCUCUUAUGUGCACAAGUUUGAGAAUCCUGAUAGAAUUCGAAAGACUUUAGGAAAUGCACAUACAGCAUACAUGGAGCUGAAAGAAAAAGUGACGGAUGAAAUGGUUAACGAGUUCAGCAAUAUUACUCCAAUGGAGCGAGAUGCGUGUCCGGCUUGUCCCAAGGAAGGAAAACUGUUCGUCGCAGUCGAUGGCAACAUGCAAUUGCGACGACGCAAAGCACAUGCAAAUGACACAAAAAAAGCUGAAGCAGCGACGUUUUUCUCGGCUGAUAACAUGCAUGACGUUUACGAAAAGCAUGAAGUCAUCAAUGCCGUCAAUAAGCGUUGCGAGAGUGAGCUCAAAGCUGUUACGUCCGUUUCUGCUGCUGUCGAGAAGUUCUAUGAAAGUGGAAUAGUAGGCUGUGUAUGCGGCAGACACAAUGUCCCACUUCAGUUUACGAAUAUCUUUGCUUCUGGUGAAAAGUACAAAUAUGCUCUAUCUGUGCUUGCUGUUGCCACUAAGGGAUACAAAGAUGUCAAUAUUUUGUAUGAUCUUGGUUGUCGCUUUGGACCAUCAUUUAAGCAAGCAUUUCCCAAUUUUGCUCAAGCUGGAUCACAGAUGGCCGUCUCCGUUUUCCAUGCAUACGCCCAUUCAAUGUCUUGCCAGGUCGAUUAUCAUCCACGAUUCAUAAGCGGCUUUGGACUGACAGAUGGAGAAGGACUUGAGCGUCUUUGGUCCUACCUUGGAGGAUUUGUCUCAAUGACUAGACAAAUGAGCGCCAAGAGACGUCUGUUCGUUUUACAGCAUGCGAUUGGUCAUUCGAAAGCCAAGACUAUAAUCAAUAUGUGUUACGCGCUUAAAAAACGGACGAAAAGGGCAAAGGCAAUCAUCAAACAAGCGUCUGCAUACUUGCGACACAGAGCUACCCUUGUAGCUUCCGGCGGUACGCCAUGCUGGUGGUGGAACGAGGACGGGAAGAUAGAUGAGCUCAGAUUCGAAGAAGAAUGGAAAGAUCGUACUAUAUUCACUGGUGUCAAAUCUCUAUCAGUAAAAAUACAGUAUUAUGAAGAACUAGAACAUUUUUACGCGGUUGAAGCGGAGCGCAUUACUUUAUCGAGGGAGCUUCAAGAUCCAGAUAAAUGUGCCAAUAUGACUAUGGCGGAAGCAGACGAGAAAUUUAGAUUGCUUCGAAAGGUCUCAAGAAAGCUCGAGAUCGCUGAAGACAAUGUUACCAGAAUUGAAAGGGUGCUAAAGCCUGAACGAAGAUGGCAGAUAAAUAGCACAGAAUACGCAAGCGCAAAAGAAGCAAAAGCAAAGCGAGAAAAGGAAGAUAGCCUGUAUAAACUAAAAUCACAUAUAAUCUCGCGUAAGAUGAUGUAUGAUCAGCUGCGUAAUCGAGAGGGCAAAAUAGGCGAAAGAGUAAGCACGAAAGUUAGAAGCGCAAUCAAGAAACGAAGCACUGCAGCUGAAAAGCAAUUGAAGCUAUACAAUGCUGCUUGCCAUCUGUUGUUGGAGCCUGAAGUCCAAGAGAUUAUGAACAUUAAGCGCGCCGAGGAAGAGCUGAUGAUGAUCGAGGACGAAGAAAAGAAUCUGGAAGCAUACGCUGCAGCACGUUAUAGCGCCAUUCAAGAUGCCAUAGAGGCGACGCAUGACGAUGGGUGGCAAGCUAUUCUUGGUGAUCUUUUGGAACAAGCUGAACGUCUCCAAUGUAAUAUCAGAAGCAGCAAACCGCGUACUGUUGGUGAAAUUUCACAGAUCGACAACGACGAACAAUACGGUGACGAUGCGGACGAUGAAUAUGACGAAGACGUUUACUUUGUCCAUGCUGAGACAUAUGAGGAUAUUGAGAAGUAACAUGACGAGCUGAUGUACGAGUAUAUGCCGCCAGUAGAUUAUACUAUGCCUGACGAAGAUAUUUCUCUGCCAGAUGCAGUACUUUCAGAAGAGACACUAUAGAGCCAGCAAUGUAUAUACGCCGUUGUAAAUCAAGAGCUCUUUUAUAAUCCUUAUUAUGCUUACUUAUACAUUGUAUGUUAUU